GACGUCGUAUUCUUCAUUGAUCACCGAACAUCAUACAUACACCCGAGCGACGACGACGACGACGAGACGAUUGACGACAUUCACCCCUCCCACGAGGCGUCUACGAUAUACUGAGAACAUACGCGACAAUUAACAGCCUGCAUUAUACAAACACCAACAACAUCAACUCCCGAAUUCCUACGCGGCAAUGGCUACGCGUAUUGCUCCCCCCGCCGGCCUCCCCCAAAAGGUGGUCUCGAACCCGCCAAACCAGACUCUCUACGUCACGAACCUCCCCUCAGCCAAGAUCCAGAAGGACGACCUCCGUACGGCACUAUACAUGCUCUUCUCCACCUACGGUCCCGUCCUCGAUGUUGUCGCUCUCAAGACCAUGAAGAUGCGCGGGCAAGCACACAUUGUCUACCGGGACAUUCAGACAGCAACACAGGCCAUGAGGUCACUUGACGGCAUGGAGUUUUUGGGCAGGAAAAUGAAAAUCACCUACGCCAAGGGUCGCUCCAACAUCAUCGCCAAACUCGACGGUACUCUGGUGCCACCCAAGGCCGCCGCCGCCGUAGCCCUCACCACCGUCCAACAGAGCAUCUUCAGUGCCCCAGUACCAGGCGCCCCUACCACUACGAAUACCGAGAGUCCAGCACCACAAGGUUCGCCAGCCAAGCCUCCCGGGACGGAGACAACCACACCGGCAGAGGAAAACCGCGGAACGAAGCGGCCACGCGAGGAAGAGGAAGAAGAGGAGGAGAGCGAUUCGGACGUUGCUAUGGAGGAAGACAGCGACGAGGAUUGAUGGGUGUCCACUAUGGCAUUUGCUUUUUGUUUCAAGAUACCAGCUCGCGGUGGGAAGGAUGACGAAAAUGAAGGCGCAAUGAAGCGGAUGGAUAAAAAAAAUCGCCCUCUCGAAGGACAAUGCAGAAUACGCACCGCUAGCUGCAUGUACAACAUACACCGCGCUACUCCCACUUCCUUUAGGCGGAAGAAGGCUCCAAGGC